AGCAGCCUCCAAGUUCAGAAUUUCUUAUCUGCAGUCGACUUAGCACUAGCUAUUGUUUCCUGAUUUGCACUCAGCUUAGGGAAAUGCAAUUCGCUUGCGAUUUCAAUUGAAUUUUGACUUUUAUUCAAUACGGUUCUAAAAAUCAACCCGGAAUGGAAUAUUUUUGUAUAAUACUAAUUAUUAUGCUGGCCUCAGCACGGUCUAUUCAAGUCAGUUCAAAAACAAAGACAACCAAAGCACCCAUAAAGCAGGUAUUACCCACUAAUGCUACGAUAAUCGCUAAUGUCACAGCCCCUCCGGAAAAACUGGCGGAAGUCCACAUCGAUCAACAUAAGACAAUACGCAUUAGUAAGGGAGACUUGGAUGAUCUGCUGGAUGUUUAUAUGGGAAGAAUAGCUGAGAAUGCCGCCACCAUCAAGGAUAAGGAAAUUGAGAUAUCCCAACUGCAAACCAAGAACCAAACGGAUGACGAAUUGCUCAAGAAGUUUGAAAACCUCACACAGGUUUGUAGUACCCAGAACUCUUCAUUUACGGCUGCCAUUAAGGAUAAAGAUAACAAGAUCAAGGAGCUGGAGCAGAAAGUGAAGAUAUACGAAACGAGAUUAAAAAGAAAACAGCUUGUGCUGACAGAAUUGAGAAAACUAAACACUUCCAGUGCUCUAUUGAUCGAUCAUUUCAAGGGUAAGGUUGCCUAUUUUGAGAGGAAGUUCAGGGAGAAGAAGGACGAUUUGCUGGCGGAUUGGGAGGCGGCCACCACGAGCUGUGUGCCCUUUGGUCGUUCCCCCAGAAUCCACUUGAUCCACCUGCCCGGAUUCCUGCCCUUCCUGGUUCCCUGCGAGGGUCAAACUGCCGCCGGACCCGGUUGGACCUCCAUUCAGCGCCGCGUGGACGGAUCCGUGAACUUCUACCGGAAUUGGGACGCCUACAGUAAGGGGUUCGGAAAACUGAACGGCGAGUUCUGGAUCGGACUGGAGAAACUAUACCGCAUGACCAAUUCCCAGCCGCACGAGCUUUACAUCAGCAUCAAGAGAUUCGACGGCGAGACGAGUUAUGCCCACUACGACGACUUUCUUAUCGGCAGUGCGGAGGAAGGCUACGAACUGAAGCUUCUGGGUCACUAUCAGGGAAACGCCAGCGAUGCGUUGCGCACCCACGACAAGAUGAAGUUCUCGACCUUCGACCGGGACAACGAUGCCUUCACGCACAUGAACUGUGCGGAGCACCAUCAAGGAGCCUGGUGGUACGACUUCUGUUCGCGCAGCAAUUUAAAUGGCAAAUACUUCAAGGGGGAAGUGGACAAUCCCCAGAGCGUGUACUGGGAACCAUGGUACAGCUUUCGAUCCCUGAAGUCCGUGCAAAUGCUCAUCCGCCCCAAGAGCCAAAUGGAGCUGAAGGACCUGCCCAAGGCGAAGCGAACGGCCAGGAAUCCAACAUAAUCACUUAAGGCAGUAAAUUUGAACUAUAUAAAUCUCACUUUGAUGCCGAAACCUA